GUACCAGUCAAUUCCUUGGUCAAAUCUAAGCUCAGACGUUGAAAACCUGUUAAGUACAGUGCGACUGUCGCUUUCAAUUUUGUGACAGACAGCUAGUUUUCUCACGUGGAAGAUGAAUUAGUCGACAAUAGCAUUGGUUCUGUAGAAGAUUCAUUGUCAAGAUGGAUGCAAUCUUGCAACGCCUGGCCAAGCUGACAGAGGACGAACUGCGUGCCGAAUUGAGGGGUUGCGGACUGAAGCCCAUACCCAUCACCAAGACAACCCGUGCCCUGGUGCAGCGCUGCCUCGCUAAGCACCUGUGGCAGCUACAGGGAGGGGGGGUACCAGAGGAGGGGGAGAGGGACAGUAGCGCCGAGAAGAAGGAGGAGACGGGUGGCGGGGACUCGGUGACUGAACCCGGGGAACAAAAUUCACCGACCAAAUCUGCAGGAGGGACCGUGUUGAGCUACUUUGCCGUUUGCAUACCACCCAAGAACGAGUCGAGUUCAGCUGGAGGGGAUGACGUUGACUCAUCACAGGGAACUGGAAACUCGGAUGAGAUAUUAAUCUUUCAGGACCGGAAAGAGGCAUUGAACAUUGCAAAAAAGAAUAAAGGUGCCCGGUUCAAGGUGUUCAAGACCAAGGAAGAGGCUGAGAGUUUUGCCAAGAGCAAUCAGGACCUCAGCACACCCAAGCCAGCAAUGGAGCCAAUGCUGAGCCAGUCACUGGCAGAGAAACCAGUCAGUAGCUUUCGCUCAGUGAAGACUCAGGAUCUUGUCAUACUGCGGAGGACCAUCGAGGCUAAUGAUGCAGCCAAAUUCAAGGAGUUGGUGUGGAGUAACCCGAGGUACCUCAUCAAUGCCGGUGACUGCCCCACUGUCUUGCAGGAGGGGUCUCGGUACAACGCACUGCAUGUCGCUGCCAAAGAGAACCGACCGGAGAUCUGCGCACAGAUUCUGGCCACCAUCUGUGACUCGGCCUACAUCCUGAUGAUGUACCCCAACGACCCAGAAGACACCAUCGUCAGUAGGAAAGACUACCUGGCUGAUCUAUACCUCAACUCUCCCGACAAAGGGAAUGCUGAGACGCCGCUACAUUUUGCAUGCAAAUUUGGCAACGCGAAGGUGGUUGAAAUACUCAUCAAUCACCCGCAAUGUGAUAAGACACUGAAAAACGGUGAUGGGCAAACUGGGAGUGAAAUUGUGUGCUCUCGGUCAUCUUUGUCUGGUACUGCACUGAGACAGCUCCAGAAAACGAUAUCAGAUAUUCUGCAUGAAAACUACUACGUACCAGUCUACAGGUCAGAGGGCAAUUGUACGCCGCCCGUCAUUGGCGAGCCAUGGUCACCUGACCUGUCGGACCACCAAUCCAGUCCCCUGUUUCACACCAGGCCUGCUGGAGCGGAGAGCCCCAUCAACGCAGUGCUGUCCCUGCAAGCCUAUGCAGGGCCCAUGUCUCCGGCAGAGGCUGGAUGCUUUCGAAGAAAUCUUCAAACACCUCCGUCCAUGGAGAGGAAGCGUGUGGGGAGAAUCCGACGAGCAGAUGGAGAGAAAGGAGUGGAGAGAAUAGGAAGGGAGUUAGCAAGCAAAAUGAAGGUCUCCUGGGCAGAGUACUGGAGUUUCUUGGAUGCGUUUGUUGACCUGGCCUCACCCCAAGGAUUGCAAAAACUGGAAAAGUAUCUAGCUGCGAGGUACACCGGUAUCCAUGAAGAUGUAGGUACUCAGGAGUCCACUGUUAAACAGGAGCAGACGUGUUCUACUGUUUCGCCAGGAGCAGUCAUGAAGGUCUUGGCAGGGGACUUUGAAAAAGUAUCCAUCGACAGUGCAGAAGAUGAUCGGGUUGGGACAGACUGUACCAAGGAAAUGAGAACAUGUGGAGAUGGGCAGGAUCAACCCAGCUGCUUUGGGAUGGACUGCGAAAGAGCAAGAGAAGGAAGAACCGAGUCCCAAGCUGAGUUGGGGAGUAACGACAUGCCAGCUGACUCCAUAGAAAAAGGGAAAGAAGUAGCUGAUACAAAUGAUGGCAUGAGUCACCUACACAAGAAAACGAGCAAAGUAGGAAAUGCUGAAAAGCUGAUGAUGGAAUCUGAGCCUGACAGACAACCUGAUGAAGCCUGCUCAGAGUCCCUGGAGAAUUCCAGAUCUUUGUCGGACACGAUGAAUGGAAACCGACGGCCUGAUGAAGCCUGCUCAGAGUCCCAGGAGAAUUCCAGACCUUCGUCGGACACGGUGAAUGGAAACCGACGGCCUGAUGAAGCCUGCUCAGAGUCCCAGGAGAAUUCCAGAUCUUCGUCGGACAUGGUGAUUGGAAACCGACGGCCUGAUGAAGCCUGCUCAGAGUCCCAGGAGAAUUCCAGAUCUUCGACGGACACGGUGAAUGGAAACCGACGGCCUCAAGAUCCUCUGCGUAUGUUGGCAGAAACCGAAACUACCAGUACUAAUGCAAAUUGCCAAGAGACAGUGGCAGAAGAAUGUGAACAGCUGCCCGGUGUUGUCGCAGAACCAGGUGGCUCAGACUCUUGUCAAAAAGGUUCUGACGUGGUAGACGUUGUGUGUCAAUCUGAAAUAUCUUCAAAGUCCGAAGUGUCAGUCAACAAUCAAGUGAAAACAGACGGGAAUCCUGAUUUGCCUGUAGGUGAUACGACUGGCACUUCUUGCAUCAUGUCUGCCAAAGAAGACUAUGAUUCAACACAAAGACAGAAUGGAGAUAUACAUGAUCAGGGAAGCUUGUCAACUUCCGGAUUGGGUGAUUGCCAUCCCAGGACUGCUGAAAAGAAGAAUGUAUCCCUAAAAACAGAGACUGUGGCAUGUAGGGAACCAGAGAAAGAUAAGACUAUAUCAGGCAAUGGAGAUGGGAAUGCCGACAUAUUCAGGACACCAAAAAUGGUUUCCUCACGCAGGGCCGUGAGCAACGCCCCCAGUGGAGGCCUAGGGAAUGUCGGUUUUAUCUUAGGGCCCCAACCGACUAGGACAGACCUCCAUGUCUGGAGAGCAUUGGCAGAAGUUGAGGUACCAGACAACUUCCCCUGCAUCCGUCAGUGGAAACAGUUUGUCAGCUCAGUGCCUUGUGAAACAAGAGACAGGUGGCCCACUCCGUCCAGAGCCAUCUCCUCCAGGCUGCCCCUCUCCCGUCCUAGCCAGACUCCGUCCCCCCGCCAACUCCGUGCCUUCUUUGAUAGCUCUCCCUUGGUCCUGAGAGCUCGUCACCUCUCGGAACCCACCCAUCACUCCAGUGAGCUGGCCCCCAGCCUUAGACUGCGGCAGGCUCAGUUCAACCAAGCCGAUUCUCCUGGCGAUCCCAGAACGAGACUUUUCCAAGGGUAGUUCUCCGUCCAGGAGUAAGCUUGUAAAGGCCGCUUUAUACUUCUGACAUCACAAAACAUUUGCAUUGAAAUUGGCUUGAGUUUAAAGUGUUCAACUUUUGUGAAUUCGCAGCAUAACUAUUCGAGAUGACAUUGUAUAUUUCCGUUUGCUUUUUGCUCUGAGAGUGAACCAGCCUUUGAAGUAUCUUUCCAUUAAUUUUUUUAGACCUUUCUAUAUCCACAUCUGUUCGAAACAUUUUAUUUUUCUACAGUUUCAAUAAUCACUCUCUUUCACUUACUCAGUUGAGGUGCACUGAAAACACGGAUUUGGAAAGACCUUUACUCUGUUCAAUGAACUGACUUGGUUGACUUGGGAAUCCUUUAUAAAAAAAGUUAUCAGCAAUACUGUGACUGCAUUGAAUAUAAAAGUGAGUUUUUGUGAUCAAGAGUUGUCGCAUCAGCAGAAAUUUAAAAAUAAAGUGUCUAGAGCUUGUUCAGUCAUGCAGGCUUUUGUUGAGACAAAUUGGACUGUUACGUGUUAAAAAUGAAUUAUUCACUGAUUUACUCCAGCAUUGCAUUUAUAUCUGUACUGGCAUAAUAUAUUUUUGGAUUAAAAGGAAAAUACAUUUGAUGCAAAAUAUGAAUAAAUUUACAUACAUUUAGGCAAGCAUUGAGAAGAGCAACUGGGUUUAUGGAAGAAAUGUGUCGUAGGGAGCUUGUGGAAUCUUUCUUCAGUUCAGCCAAUUAUAAAAUCGCCAGAAAGAUCCACACCCCGAUAUUUAUCUUGCCACUUGUGCCGCAGUCCUUAAACUCAACUUCCCACGGUGGGAAACAAUUUAUAUUGAAGGUUAAAGGACUUUGGAAUGCCAAGGUUAACUUAGUGAUUCUAGUUCAAUAGUGGCUAUUAUGUAGUCUACGACUAUCCCAGUGCUAUGUAACAUUUACUAGAAUGCAUUGUUCAACCUGAUGAGCAUGUCCACGUUUACUCAUAACGAAGCAAUCGUGGAAAAUAAAGUGGUAUUAGGACGUCAGUGCGUGUGUUCCACAUCAUUCGGUUUUCUUGUCCAAGAACUUCUGGCUUGCCAAUAUCAGCCAUGACCAAGCAGAAUAAACCUUACUCAGAAUGUAAGAAUACAAAUCAA